AUCACCUGGGCAUCCGAAACAGUUUUGACCAUCAGCGUCUGCUGAAGUUUGCUCGAGUCUGUGAAGUGAGCGGGAGAAAACACAUCUGCUUCAGAGACAAGGAGGCUGAUAAUGUUUAUGACAUGUUUCGCACUCGAUACACUCUCCAUCGCCAGGCCUAUCAGCACAAGAUCUGCAACAUCAUCGAAGACAUGCUUGCAGAAGCGCUCGUACGAGCUGAUCGUGAUCUUCAUGAAGGAAAACCUGAAGAUAUGCUGAAGAUUUCUGAAGCCAUAAAAACAGCAGAGGACUACAGCGAACUCACAGAUGAGAUCUUUGAGCAGAUCUUGUCCUCCACUGCUGACAAUUUGAAGAAAUCCAGAGACAUCUUGAACAAGAUCGUCAGAAGAAAGCUGCCAAAGUUUGUUGGAGAAGCUCGACUGACUGAGAACAGCAUGUCAAAGGAAGAGCUGACAGAAACAUGGAAGGCAGCAUUAGAGAAGUACAAACCUACAGACCCGACUGUUUCUCUGAAUGCUGAAGGUUUACCAGUUUAUGUGGUUGAUCUGGAUCACGGCAUGAAGGACAAAAACCCAAUUGAAAAGGUAUUUUUCUACAGCAAGAGGAAACCCAACGAAGCCUCUCCCAUUAAAGAUUAUCAGCUGUCCAGUUUCCUGCCAAACAGGUUUAAUGAAGAGCUGGUCAGAGUUUACUACAAACAAACUGAUGAUCAGGCAGCUGAAGAUAAGGAGGAGGAGAAGAAGAAGGUGGAAGAGGCUGAGAAGUGCUUUCAGAUCUGGUGUGCAGACAAUUUUGGACUCAAAUAG